AUGGAUUUCUUCAAGGCGAAAAGGUUUGGCAGGUAUCUGAAGUCGACGGCGGAGAAGGGGCCGGAUGCCGAGAACCGCCAAGCACCGGAAGAGGUGCCGAAACCAGGAAACGGGGCUGUUUCACCGAAGGGGGAUGGCGACGAUUCCGCUGCAGACUUGGAGACCGAUGGUGAGGAGGAGGAGGGCGACGAUUUCAUAAUGAACGAAGUUAAGAGGCGGCUGAGGGAGCUGAAGAAAAACAGUUGCAUGGUUCUAAUACCUGAAGAGCCCUGCCCAGAAGGGGAGGAAGAGGAGGAGGAGGUGGAGGAGGGAGAGAGGGGGUUGAGCUCCAGGCAGUGGAGGGAAUCGGAGGUGGAAGACGUCUUUCCAUGGUGCGGGUUCAGCACCCUCUACGGCGAGUACGGUGAACGGAUGCUCUUCUUUGAGAGGAUCAUCGCGCAGCAUUCCCAGAACGCAGGUGCUCCUCCUCCUCUGUCUCCGUCUUCUUCGGGUGGCUCUGCGUGAAUAGGGCACCCGUCCAGAUCCUCCAUCUCGACACCGCUUUCGAUCGUAAUAAUCUGUGGUAGUUUUGUUUCACACUUGGAUCCCGUGUUUCAUCCGCUGUCGACAGUUCAUUCGUGUUGCACGUUCUGAAGACAUCUGUCUUAUUUGAGCUUCUUGGAUCUCCUCCAGAGCAUCGUGGGACCGAGCGAGCUGCUGCAUCCAGACGCCUGGUCUCCGGUUAUCGCCGCCUCUCCUUCAAGAGGAGGGAUCAGCUGGCGGAAGAAAGUCAACGCCUCCAUCAGCGGCAAGAUGAAGCGGAAGAAUCCCUCCAGAGUCUCGAGAUGGCCUAUGCCGCCCAUCUUUCUCUGACGUGGGAGGCGCUCCACUGCCAGUACACCCAGCUGAGGCAGAAGACACUGGUGCAGGCCGACAACUCCCUCUCCUACUGCUCCUCUGCGCAGGCGUUCCAACAGUUCCAGGUCCUGCUACAGAGAUUCGUAGAGAACGAGCCCUUUGAACCCGGGUCCAGGGCGGAGAUCUAUGCUCGCGCCAGGCUGGCCAUGCCCAAGCUGCUUCAGGUCCCUUCCUUCCAAGGUGGCGAUUGAGACAACUUUUACCUGUUGUUGUACGGGUCUCAUUUCGGCCAUUUUCGUUCUUCUGUGUGAGAAGUCGCGAGUUAUAUUCGGUUGACUUGGAGCUUUUCAACGUCCAUUCCCAGGGUUGGAGCUGGAGGACAAGGAACGCGGCGAUAUGGAUUCUCCUGUGCUUGCCGCGGACCUCUUGAAGGCUAUAGGGGAGUCGGUCCUGAUCUUUCGCCUUUUCUUGAAGGCAGAGAAGGCCAAGGCGUCUGGGGGCGCGACGUCGGUGGCACGGCAUGGCUGUGCAGCCGCUCUCCAGCAGGCUCGGACCUCUCUUUCUAAGGUACACCUGCCCGUUCCCCUUCUUCUUCUUCUUUCCAAAUAAUCCGUGCACUUGGUGGAAAGGACUAGUGGGCAUGGUUGGGUUCUAAUAAAGACGGGAUCUUUCUCACCGGCUGCCGGCUGGCCUCGACAUUGCCGCCCUGAUGCUGUUGCAGAGGGAGAUGAAGCUGAAGGAACUCCUCAGGAAGAGGAAGGGCUGGAAGAAGCAGUCGAGCUCCUGGCCGGCUGCGCUGGAGGACGUGGAAUUGCUCUUUGGGCUCAUCGACCUCAGGGUCGUGUCGAGGGUUCUCAGAAUGGUGAGUAUCACCAGGGAGCAAGUGCUGUGGUGCGAGGAAAAGAUGAGCAAAUUGGGCUUCUCUGAGAGCAAACUGCAGAGGGAUGGGGCUCCCCUUCUCUUCCCAUGUUGA